AUGGUUCGGCCCAUAUUUGAUGGUGUAGAAACGAUCCAGUUACAGCAACUUAGAAACUUGAUUGGCGGAUUGGUCUUGACAACCGGAACUGAUAGAUGGGCUUGGAAAUAUGAACUGAAUGGUAUCUUUAAUGUUGCUAGCUUAAAGAAAAUACUUAGUUCAGUUAACCGUAUACGACUCGUGAGAAUAUUUGAGUGGAACAAUUGGGUUUCGAAGAAAGUUGGUUUUGUGGCUUGGCGAGCAGAGAUGGAACGGCUACCAACCAAACAUGCGUUAUCAGUUCAGAACGUGCCGGUAUUGGAUCAAAUGUGUGUGCUAUGCGGAGACUGUAUUGAAACGAGUGAACAUAUCUUUGUGUCGUGUCAGUUUGCACAGAUGAUUUGGCAGAAUUUAGCAGGGUGGUGUAUGAUUCCUCCAAUUUUUGCUUUUGGUAUAAACGGCCUUCUCACUUUGCAUGAAACAAGCUCGGGUUCAAGGAAAAUGAGGAAAGCACUACAUGCAGUCGCGUUGGUGACGUUUUGGAGCUUAUGGAAGAGUAGGAAUGAGGCCGUUUUCGGACAAAUCGUUCCAAACUCUACGAAGCUGCUGGAGGAGAUUAAAGCAAUGGCGUACCUUUGGGUCAAGAAUAGAUCAAGAAUGGCGACUUUAUCUUGUGAGGAUUGGAGUCGGUUUAACCUUGGUAGUUAG